GUUUACUUCCGUCAAUAUUUCCAGCACGGCAGGCGGAGGAGACGAGAGGCAGAGGCAGAAACAGAUCAUACAACAAAGGAGUCGCUUGCCUGAUAAGGUGUUUGGAGUGGCAGCGACCCUCUCUGCUCACUGUCCCCCUGCCCUGCUAAAAUGCCUUUCUUGGGCAAGGACUGGAGGUCGCCAGGAUGGAGCUGGACGAAGACAGAGCAUGGCUGGAAGAGGAUAGUCCUCUAUGGACAUGAAUUGGAGAACAACAACAGAGAGAUAGACUUGAAAGAGCUCUGCAGCGACAACAAUGACAACCUGUUUGUCGGAGAUGUGUGUGAGCUCGCCACAACAAAGAGGAAAAAGGACUUGUACAACAGCAACACCAAAUCUCAGUUUGUCUUCACGGAUAAAUGGAUCUACGUACAGAAAGGGAGCACAAAAGAACGACAUGGAUACUGCACGCUUGGUGAAGCACUCAACCGUCUAGACUUUUCCAGUGCCAUUCAGGACCUGAGAAGAUUCAAUUAUGUUGCAAAACUUUUCCAGCUAAUAGCCAGGUCUCAGCUGACUUCUUUGAGUGGAGCUGCCCAGAAAAACUAUUUCAACAUACUGGAGAAGAUUGUACGAAAGGUUCUAGAGGACCACUACAAUCCUCGUCUUGUUAAGGAGCUGCUUCAGGACCUGAGCUCGGCUCUGCACAGUCUGACUCUCCACGUUGGCAGGUGUGUCCUUGUGGGCAACAUCAACAUAUGGUUGUGCCGACUAGAGAACAUUCUCAAAUGGCAGCAGCAGCUCAACAACCUGCAGAUCCCCAAGCAAAUGUGCACUGGCAUGUCAUUCAACGAUUUGCCACUAUACAUGCAGAAUAAGAUCCUGUACAACUUAUCUGAUGCCUAUGACAUCAUCAACCUGGGACAGGCUACACCUACGCUGCACUUCCUCAGUGAGAACCGAACGCUGUGGAAGAGGCUGUGCCACUUCCACUUUUCAGACAAACAGUUCUGUAGGGAUUUGGUCCUAACCAAGAGUGACAACGUGGACUGGAAGCUGAUGUACUUCAACCUGCAGAAACACUACCCCAUGAAAGAGCAGUACGGCGACACCUUGCACUUCUGCAAACACUGUAGCAUCCUCUUCUGGAAGGAUCGCCACCUGGCUUUGUUAUUCAAGGACUGUGGCCAUCCGUGCACAGCCAACGAUCCAGACAGCUGCCUCAUGCCUAUCUCUCCGCAGCACUUUAUCGACCUCUUCAAGUUUUAAACCCUCCACGUUAUUCUUCAAGCGAAGAGUCCGUUUACCCUCAUUCCCAACCCAAGAGUGUGUACAAGACUUUUUACCCAAAUACAAAGGGCUUCAACUGAAAGUAAUUACUUUUCUGUCUUCUUGUCUUCAUUUCCUAAUGCACAGAUGUUUCAGUAAGACAUGAGAUAGAUUAAACGUGUAUGUUUUUUGAUUUUAAGAAUGUUGGUAAUGGGUGAUAUAAAAAAGAAACUUUUAUGUUUUUCCUUCACAAAUGUUUGUCUUCUCAACAAAAAAACACUGCUCCUGUCAGAGAAAAGAAAAAGUAAUAUGUAAUUUUAUAAUUUAAUAUGACUAUUUUGAAAGGAUUUAUAUAAAUGUGGAGUUGUAGCAUGUUUAUGGUAGGUACGUGAUGAUAGGUAAUGUGUAAUGGGGUUUUUUAAUGACGAGGUAAAAAAAUUUACAGUGUGGCAGAAUAAGGUGACGUGUUGAUUGUUUAAUGAGGUUCAUCUAUUCUGCUUUUUGCUCUGUUUUGGUGGUAUUUCUCUGCAAUAACUGAAUGCAUGUUAUGUUUGAGUCUUUGUUUACAUACUGUAUGUUGUCCUUUGUGAGUUCUUGCUGUGCUGUGUACACUGAAGGCGCUGACACUAAAAGAAAAUAAUGUAAAACUCCAUUAGCCGUACAAGUUUUUACAAUCUACUUUUGUCAAAACUGUCAAGUGACGACAGAGGAAAUGUAAAUUAUUUAUGGGGGGGAGUUUUGUAUCUUUCCUCAAUCUUUUGUAAUAUGCCUUUACCAUUCCAAUACUCUUCAUGGUACGAUCAUGACUUUUUCUGGACUAGCUGAUAAUAAUAAUUAAAUAUUUCUAAAAAUCUG